UGCACGGCGCGUAUUCAAUCACACUGCGCUUCGAACUCCAGGAGCGAUGGCAUUCUGUUCUAUCGGCUGCCUUUUGGUUUUGGUCGCUCACUAUGGGCUGACGGAACCAUUAGAUGACGCGGUCACGCCGUUACGCACCGCGGAACCGGGCGGGAAUAUCACGCUGAAAUGCAGAGUAGACCCAAGUAAAGUAAGCACUUAUUCAUUUGCCGAGGUUACCUGGUACCGGCAGGAGCCGGACGGGCGAAUCCGGAUCGUCACAUACCUGAACACUCUCUACUUAAAAGAGGGUCGCUAUUCCGGAACACUCGACAACAAGAACGGACAAUAUAAUUUAACCAUUGCGGGCCUCCGCAGAAACGACUCGGCCGUGUAUUUCUGUAUAGCAAGAGCAGCUCUCCUGUUCAUACCCGGGUCCAGCUCCAAACUCGUUGUAUCAGACCCCCUGACUGUCCCGAGUGUGGAGUUAUACUCUCCGGGUCUGUUUGAAGGCGAUACGGACUGGACAGAGCCGGUUCCGGUGCUGUGUUUGGUGAGAGACACGUCUCCGGGGCGGCACCGAGUCCUCUGGACUAUCGGCGCCGAGGCAGCCGCGCCGGGCAGCGCAGAGGAGGGAGAGAUCGAACCCGACGGGUCCUAUAGCGUGCGCAGCUACGUCACAAUCAGCGCGGAUCAAUGGAACAGCGGCGCUGUAAAGUGCGAGGUUUACAACAACAUCACCAACGUCACAGAAAACGUCUCCGCGUCACUCCGAAGGCAAGAUUGCGUUCCUGUGUUGUUUUACGGACUGCCCCCAGUUCUCCUGCUAAUUCUGGUCGUGGUGUGUGUGGCGUGUGUUUACAGAAGACUUCAUAAAACUAAAACCGAUCACAAGUCCAGCGACGCGCCCUGCCGUCCCCAGCGCCGCGCCCGACACAGAACAGUCCAGGAUUACUCGACGGAAUACGCAUCGCUCAAUCUGUGACGUGAUCCACAAAGCAGCGCGCUCAUCUUUCAAUGCAGCCGUGGAUAUGUUUUUCAUGUGGAGAGAGAGAGAGAGAGAGAGAGAGAGAGAGAGAGAGAGAGAGAGAGAGAGAGAGAGAGAGAGAGAGAGAGAGAGGACUGUGCUGUAUGCUUUAGAACCAAGGUCAGGGUCAAUACCUGUUUUUCAAUUCCAAGACCAAUUCACUGUAUAAAUACACGCGUAACGGUAAUUGCAAUGUCUUUGUCAUGUCCAUGUUAUUAAUCAUUGUUACAAUGUACUUAAUGUGGAAAUCUUUGUGCACAAUUACAAUGUACUUGCAUAUAUCGCGCAAAAAAAAACAUCUACACCACGCACACUGUAACUAUGAUUUUAAUGAUGUGUCAGCCCGCAUGCAUUUACCAAAUACACAGUAAUUACAGACUCCAUGUAACGUGUUACCCUUUUAAGGAAAACAACCAAAAAAAAACAGCCGAAAUCAAAUUCCAGCCCGUCAUGUUGUACGCCU